UUGGGGUUGGAAGGUAGGGAUAAAGCUCGGGAUUUUAAGGCAGGACGGACAUGGCGAUUUCAUCGUCGUCCUGCACGACCACGAUCACCAAAUUUUCGGCGUCGCCGCUGCCCCCCGUAAGAGGCAUAGCCGCUGAGCCUCUCUCCCGAGAUUGUCUCCCAGCGCUAUGAUUAAGCGGGUUUCCAGUCAGUACCUGCGUCGCGAUGUCCCGAUCUGCGGCUGCGGAUAGGAAUAAGGCGUCGAAGCUUGUUUGGAUAUGGACUGAGAGCAGGCAUGUGAUGACGGCUGCUGUUGAGAGAGGGUGGAAUACCUUCAUCUUUCGAUUGGAACCACGAUCCACCGAGCUUGCCAACGAGUGGUCAUCUAUUGCCUUGAUAACACCAAUUUUUAUUCAUGGCAAAGAUCUCCUUGAUGAACAAAGCAGAAAGAUUGCUUCUCUCUGUGAAGUUUCAUCUCCACAAGAGUUGGAGGUCCUUCAGCCAAAUACAGAGGCAGAGAAUAUUGUCAUAACUUUCCAGAAUGAAUGGCAGGUUAUACCUGCAGAGAACAUUGUUGCAGCAUUCCAAGGGUGUGAUAAGACUGUUUUGGCAGUUUCAAGUACUUCCACUGAGGCACAAGUGUUUCUUGAGGUCUUGGAGCAAGGUCUUGAUGGAGUUGUUCUGAAGGUUGAAGACAUGAAAGAAGUCCUGAAACUAAAGGAGUAUUUUGACCGAAGAAAUGAAGUCAGAACUAUGCUAGACUUGACUAAGGCUACAAUAACUCGCAUAGAAGUAGUUGGCAUGGGUGAUCGUGUUUGCGUGGACCUUUGCAGUCUCAUGCAACCUGGUGAAGGCCUUCUGGUUGGAUCCUUUGCCAGAGGACUAUUUUUGGUUCACUCAGAGUGCCUCGAAACAAAUUACAUUGCUAGCAGACCUUUCCGAGUCAAUGCUGGCCCAGUACAUGCCUAUGUCGCAAUUCCAGGAGGAAGAACUUGCUAUCUCUCCGAGUUGCAGGCAGGCAAAGAGGUUAUUGUAGUCGACCGAAAAGGUCAGCAAAGGACGUUGAUUGUGGGCCGCAUCAAGAUAGAGUCAAGGCCACUUAUCCUGGUGGAGGCAAAACAGGAGCACUCUGGAAGUGAGACUUACAGCAUCUUCCUACAGAAUGCAGAAACUGUCGGAUUCGUCUGCCCUCUCCAAGAAAACCGGAGCUCAAUCCCGGUAACAUCGCUAAAAGUCGGAGACGAGGUGGUGAUUAGAGAGCAGGGCGGCGCUCGUCAUACCGGAAUAGAGAUUCAAGAAUUCAUUCUUGAGAAAUGAACUUUACAAUUUUGGAUUCAUCAUAUAUAUAUAUAAAAUGAAAGCUCUGUGUUUGAAAACUAAAAAUCUUUCAUUUCAUUUUAUUUUUUUUCAA